CCAUUAAGGUUUUAGCCAUAAUGCAUGUGUUCAUUUCUGGACUGUCAUAGUUUAUGGUGAAAAUGAUAUUAGUUACAUCUUGCUGUUAUUGCUGCUAAUUACUGUUGUUGAUAAUGAGAUUAUAUAAUGGUUAUAGUUAUCAUGACAUCCCACAGGUGGUGUAUGGCUGCUUGGUGGAACAAGGAGAGGAUGCAUGGCACCUACAGGUUCCUGCAUGUGACUUCCUGCACAGCCUGACACAACUGCUCACCUCUCGUGUGAACCACUUCUUGGAUCCACACACCCGGCCUGGCACUGGCGAGGUUGUAUCAGCCAGGUCAUCAGGAGUGAACAGCCCUUCCAACCUAACUCGAGUCAGCUGCUGCUCACCACAUUCCCAGACAGGUGCUCACACUGACUCCCACCUGCAGGACCUACUAGGAGAAGGUUGUCAUCCUCAGCCUUUUAGUGGAGUGGGGCAGGAGCUUCUUCUUGGGUCAACUGUCCAUGAAGAGGAUGAUGGUGAUGAAUUCAUCUUAUUGGGUCUGCACCAGGUGUUGCCUGGGGGGGUAGAGCCUUGUUUUGGGUUCACAAAGGAAGUUUCAGACCACGUCCCCAGCCACCCUGAGAGCAUCCAUCACUCCCAUCGGUCACAUAACCCUUUCAGUCAGCAUCCACCGGGCACCCCAACCUCCUCUGCUUCUCCCACCCAGCCAAUCCUGACAGCGCGGGAUAUCAAGAGACACCCGCACCUUUCAGACUGCGAGACUGAUACUGAUGAUAAUUUGCACCCACGCCAAGCAACAACCCGCGCCAGCAACCUCAUGGUGACCCGAGUGCCGCUACUGGCGCCCACGCUGAGUCUGCUUGGCAACGUCCGAGGCGAACUGAUGAUGAAUGACACAAAGCUUCACCGCGGCACGCAGCGCCGGUUGGCCGCUGCCCGGGGAUUGGCUGACAGAUCUGGUUCUCCCCUGGCCGAAGUAAUCACAGGCUGA